CUCCAGAUUUUUUAUCCGUCGCCAUCCUCCCACCUCGCUCUAACUAAAUAAAUCCCCAUUACCCUUUUCCCCAAAUCAAUUGACCACCAUUUUAUAGACUCCGAACCUUCUCUCUCCCACCUCCUCUCUCUUUCUUUCUCUCUCCCCCCCCCCCUUUCUCUCUAGUCCCUAAACCCCCAAAUCAGAGAGAGAGAGAGAGAGAGAGAGCAAAGCAGAGCCGUAGUGUGUGCGUGUGUGAGAGAGAGCUCAGCUGGGUUCCUUUCUCUCACUAGAUCUGCCCACUGGUGGUGUGCCCCUGCCUUGCCUUUGCCCAAAGCCGCUCCUGCCCCGGCCUUCUUGCUUGCUUGCCUGCGGUGUCACCCACUGGCCACUCCCUCUCUAUGCGUGCUCUGCCCCUGCCUCCAUGUGCUGGUCUCGCCGCUCUAACUAACCACCACCCGCACCGCACAGCAAUGCCAAGCCUGGCGUCACUGGAUUCGCGCGCACGGCAUUGCAAUGCCGCUGCCGAUCGAGGCGUGACGGACUAGCCAGCCGGCCGAGACGAGCAAGCAAGAUUUCGUCUGGUUCUGUUGGGGGGCGGUUGGCUGCUUGCUUGGCUGAUUCCUCUCGGGCGCAGCACCCGCCGCCGCCGCCGGCAUGUUCAAGUCGGCGAGGUGGCGCGGCGCCGGCAAGGCCAAAGCCGUGUUCAAGCUGCAGUUCCACGCCACCCAGGUGCCGGAGCUGGGGUGGGAGUCCAUGAUGGUGGUGGUGACGCCGCAGGACGUCGGCCGGCCCACGGCGCGGACGGAGCGCGCGGAGGUCGCCGACGGCGCCUGCCGCUGGCCCGCCCCGAUCUUCGAGGCCACCAAGCUCCCCUCCGGCAAGGCGGCCGCCGGCGACAAGAUCUACCAGUUCCUCGUCUACGAGACCGGGUCGGCCAAGGCGGCGCUGCUGGGGGAGGCGACGGUGAACAUGGCCGAGUACGCGGAGGCGUUCAAGCCGUCGGCGGUGACGCUCCCCCUCAAGGGCAGCCCCGCGCCCGGCGCGCUGCUGCACGUGACCAUCCAGCGGGUGGUGGGUGGUGCCGGCGGUGGGUGCGGUGACGACGGGAGUGAGAACGGCGACACCGCAAAGUCUUCGCCGCGGAGGACGCUGCAGAGCCAGCUGAGCCGGUGCGAGGACGAGGAAGCCGAGAAGGCGAGGUCGCUUGCUGCCGAUUCGAUGAGCCCUGUGCAUGAUGGAUUGGUGAUAAGCAAACCACCAGGGAUGAGGUUUCCCUUGAGAAGAAAUAUGCCGGCAUCUGUUGAGCCGGCCGGCCACCUCCACAAUGCCAAUGGCUUUGACGCCGUUUCGUUGUCGGGUUCAGAUGGGAGCUCAGGGAGAUUCACUCCCAAAACCAGUGCGAACAUGCAUAGCACAUUUCUUCAGGAUGCGACCAAUGUCCUCUCGCCUUUUGCCAACAAUGCCACCUCGAGAAACCCAUUGAGCUCUGGUGACUGGUCAGGAAGCUCAGCUCCUGACGCUAGCACUGAUGGGUCGACGAGCAACUCGGGUGAGACGGGGUUGAGAGGUGCAGAGGAUGAUGUAGAGAAGCUGAGAAGUGAGAUAGGGACUUUGACAAGAAAACUGGAUGUCUCAGACAUGGAGUUGCAGACACUCAGAAAGCAAAUUGUAAAAGAGAGUAGGCGAGGUCAAGACCUUUCCAAGGAAAUGAGUAGCUUGAGGGAUGAGAGGGAUGCACUCCGAGGAGAAUGUGAAGGCCUUAGAGGGAUGAAGAAGACGAUCCAUGAUGCAAAUGGAUCAGGUAAACGGUUGUCAGACGGGGAAGAUCCCUGGUCUCAGGUUGAGGAGCUGAAGCAAGAGCUGGGCCAUGAGAAGAAUUUAAAUGCAGAUCUACGUGUACAGCUACAGAAAAUGCAGGAGUCCAACUCUGAGCUGCUUCUGGCUGUGAAGGAUCUUGAUGAAAUGCUGGAGCAGAAGAAUAGAGAUAUGUCCAUUUUGCAAGAAGAAACAGUAGAGGAUCCCCAGGAGGCAGAAUAUGAGCAUGCACUGUCAAAUGUGCACAGUGCUGGACACAAGAUGGACAUGUCUGAAACAAGUUCGUACCAAGAGAAAGAAGACGAGCUUAUGUUGGAUGCAUUGGUGAAGAAGAGUGACGGCAUCGCUAGUUCUGAACUGCAAGAGAAGAUUCUUGAACUGAGUGAUGAAAUUGAGCUGUACAAGAAAGACCGUGAGGAUCUUGAGAUGCAAAUGGAGCAGCUUGCACUUGAUUAUGAGAUUCUGAAGCAAGAGAACCAUGACAUCUCUUCGAGGCUGGAACAAACACAACUUAGAGAGCAGCUAAGGAUGCAGUAUGAGUGUUCAGCACAUUUGUCUAUAAUAAGUGAUCUUGAGGCCAAUGUCGAGAAUCUGGAGAAUGAACUCCAGGAACAAUCUCAAAGAUUAGAGGCUGAUAUAGCAGAAGUACUGGCUGCCAAGGUUGAGCAAGAGCAGAGGGCCAUAAAGGCCGAGGAGUCUCUGAGGAAAGCGCGGUGGAACAACGCUACCACUGCCAAGCGACUUCAGGAGGAAUUCAAGAGUCUAUCUUCACAAGUAUCUUCUGCUUUCAGUGCCAACGAACGGCUGCUUGUGCAAGCAAGAAAAGAGGCCGCAGAACUACAGUUGCAGAAGAGCCAGUUGGAAGAGUUACUGCAGAAAGCCCACGAAGAUGCCGCAUCAGUCCAAGAACAACACCGGGUGAAGAUUCAGCAGUUACUUACCCUAGUGGAUUUCAAGUCGAAUGAGAUAGAUAGGCUGGUGGUGGAGCUCAAGAGCAAGAGCGACGAGUUCGAGAACCAGAAGAGAAGUGAUGAGUCAAAGUUAAAUGAUCUAUCAGAAGAAAUUGAACAGCUCAAAGCCAAGAUUGACAAGCUAUCAGAUGAGAGAGACAAACUCGUGGAAAGGAAUGAGCAGAAAGACAUGGAAUUGGCUGCAAAUGGUGAAAAGGACAUGAUCUUGCAAGACAAAACUGGUGAAAUUACUUUGCUCAAUAAAGAGCUUGCAUUGCUCAAGGACCAAAUGCAGACAUAUUUGGAGGAGCUAAACACUCUGAAACGCUCCAAGAGUGAAAGGGAUGAGACAAUAGGGAAGCUACAAAUAACCAUUGGAUCGUUGAAACUCCAGUACGACAAUAUGAAGAACUCGUUGUCCACAAAGGAGGCUGAGAAAAGCAACCUUGCUUCUCAGGUGCUGAAGCUGAGAAGAGCCCUUGAAAGCAGGGAAGGUGCCAAGGAAAAUGGUGUCACUUCAGAUACAACGGAUAAUCAGCACACUAAUUCGAAGCGCAUCAAGCACGAUACUGUCAGCACCGGUAACGGUGAUGCCGCGCCAAGCGCCAACGGACACAGCAACGGCCACGACACGAGGGCCGCUGCUGAGCAGUCCUCAAAGGAGCUGGAGUCUCUAAAGGAGACGAACAAGGCGAUGCAGCAAGAGCUGAACGAGCUGCACGAGCGGUAUUCGGAGAUAAGCCUCAAGUUCGCGGAGGUGGAAGGUGAGAGGCAGCAGCUGGUGAUGACGGUGCGGACGCUGAAGAACUCGCUGAGAUGAUCCAUGGCUGCUGCUGCCUGCUCAGCGUUCACUCACCCACAUGUAGCUUCAGGAUUAGGUGAUGAUACCCCCCUCCCCUCCCCAAAAGGAGGGUUUUGUAUAGGCGAGCAGCUGGAUGGUGAGUUGUAUGGAGCAUCAUCAUCCGGAGACUUGCAGAGGCCAGGCAAGGGUCCUCUGGCCUGUCACAAUACACAGCAUGUAGAUCCGUUCCCCCACACAAUAAUGUUUCUGUGUUUUUUCCUCUUCGGCAUUGAUGUGUGCAGGAUGUGUCAGAUGUUGUGCGUGCCUCUAGAGAGAGCCCAAUGUGUGUGUGUAUGUGUGUUGUAUAAUUCUCUUGAUGUUUGGCUGUGCUGGAAGAAAGAAAAGUGAGAGAUGAAAGAAA